AUGGAAAGAACGCUAGUCUUCCUCUCUGUUUUAAUCGGUCUAAUCAGUCUCUCCUUCUCUCCAGUUUCCGCCUACGUUUACCACAGAAGGCCACUCCGGUUUAAUCCUGAUGGUCGGUUUAAGAUACUGCAAGUGUCAGAUAUGCACUAUGGUUUUGGCAAAGAGACGCCAUGCACAGACGUAUUACUAGAAGAAAGGCCCUACUGCUCCGAUCUCAACACCACCUCCUUCUUACAACGGACUAUCGCCUCAGAGAAACCCGAUCUCAUCGUCUUCUCCGGAGACAACGUAUUUGGACUUUGCGAGACAAGUGACGUGGCAAAAACGAUGAAAAUGGCAUUUGCUCCGGCGAUCGAAUCGGGGAUUCCAUGGGUGGCCAUUUUAGGGAAUCACGACCAAGAAGGCGACAUGACACGAGAAACAUUGAUGAAGUACAUCUCGAAAAUGCCAAACUCGUUGUCUCAAGUAAACCCUCCCGAUGCUUGGGUACACAAAAUCGAUGGUUUCGGGAAUUACAAUCUAAUAGUUGAGGGUCCUUUUGGAUCGCCUCUCUUCUUCAAAUCUAUUCUCAAUCUCUAUCUACUCGAUGGUGGAGAUUACGUCAAACUCGAUGGGUUUUCUUUUAAAUAUGAUUAUGUCAAAACCUCUCAACAGAACUGGUAUGAACACACUUCUAAAUGGCUCGAGAUGCAAUACAAGAGAUGGCCAUUUCCACAGAAUAGUAGUGCACCGGGAUUGGUUUUCCUCCACAUUCCGAUGCCGGAAUUUGCACAGUUCACCAAACCGACGGAGAUGACUGGAGUGAGACAAGAACCUACAUGUUCUCCACCAAUUAACUCUGGUUUCUUCACAAAACUUGUCGAACGAGGUGAUGUCAAAGCUGUUUUUAGCGGUCACGACCACAUCAACGACUUCUGUGCCCAAAUCAAUGGAAUCAACCUUUGCUACGCAGGCGGUGCCGGGUAUCAUGGGUAUGGAAUGCCUGGGUGGGCAAGGAGAGUAAGAGUCGUCGAAGCUCAGCUUGAGAAGACUAUUUAUGGACGUUGGGGAGCCGUUGAUACCAUUAAAACGUGGAAACGGCUCGAUGAUCGGAAUCAUUCUUUGAUUGAUACUCAACUUCUUUGGUCCAAGAACAUGAAGGCUGAGUUAAAUUAUCAUUUUACUUGCAGUAUGAUAAAACAGCACUGA